GCGGGGGGGUCACUUGAGAUGUCUGUGUUCACUGCGUUUUGUGGGUGUUCAUAAAAUAAUGUUGUGAUUACUUUAAUUAAAGUUAGGUAAUGCGAAUAGAAAAAUAUUGUGCAUUUCUAUUCGUCCGAUACCAUAACAAUACUGUUGGCUCGGACUACUGCAAUUGUAACAUGUUUUCACAAGUUCAUUUAUGUGACAUGAAAAUGUUUAUUUACUAUGGUGUACUAUAACAUUCCAUUCAUAAAGUAUUGUAUUACUCAUCUUUGAUAUAACAUCAUAGAAAUCCUAAGGAAGCUGUUUUCGACAAAAUAUUAUAAAUGAUAUCCUGCCAUCCUUGGAUAUAUUAUACAUGUGUAAUUUAUGCUGUCAAAUAAUGCAUCUAUUCAGAUGUAUUCUUCCAAUAAACUUCAUGAAAUGACAGUGAAAACAAGACCAAAGAAUGCAUCUAAGAAACCAUUCAGAACUUAUUCUUGAAGAGAUUAAAUAGUUAUACUUUUAUCAUAGAUUAAAUACUGGUAAACAUGGAAAUGGGGGUGCGUAAAUUACCAAAAAAGCGUAAAUUCGAUCCUUCAGAAUUAGAGGAGUGUAACCCCCAUGCUGUGUGUAUUCCAGUCUCAGUGGUACAGUGUACAAGUGUUAUGUCAGCACCUCAGGCCACUGCUGUGGACUAUUCCUGUCCCCAAAGAAUUUCAACAGAUGAUGAAGUAUUGUAUAAACAAAUUAACUCCAAACAAAAUGUUGUUGAUCUCAGUGAAUGGUGUGAUCAUAGAGUCCUAGCAAGGCAAGGCAAUUGGUACUAUCCUGGUGUAAUCAGAGAAGCAAGUGGCUCUAAUAUAACAGUUGCCUUGGAUGGUAAAGAAGAAAAAGUCAUUACCUACGCCAACGUAUUCGAUAAUGAAUGUUACAAUGUGAUAAGUAAUGCAAGUCCAUCAAUAAAUCAAAUAUCAUUAGCAACUCGAGUUUGUGUGCGACACAACCAGAACAUGUUCGUCGAGGGUGUAGUUUUCCGUAUUCUAGAAGGGCAACCCAUACGUUUCGUCGUCGCAGUCCUGGGUGAAAAUUCCGUAGAGGUGACGGUUAAGCGGGCCGACUUGAGACUACUGCGUCCACCAUGGUGGGACGAACUAGAGAACAUAGAACCCGUCAUGGAAACUGUGACUCAACCCUCUACCAUGGACUACUACAGGCCGAAUCAGGCGUCACCCACCCAGCUCCACACCCCCGUGUCCGUAUGCACACCCCUGUCGAAUGGAAGGCACUAUGAUGAGUUUUGCGAGAGCGAAGACGAGUUGAGGCAGGACAACAUAACGUUCAGCUCGGAAGUGGACGCAAAGCUCUCUGGGAGCAGCAAGAGAAGCAGCAUGCACAGCAGAGGCAGCUCCUCCAGUAGUAUCACGCUACGGUCUCAGCCUACCACGCCUAGAAGCCAGGCCGCGACUCCUCACAAGUACAAGAAAGGCGACGUGGUGGCGAAUCCGAACGGCAUCAGGAAAAAGUUCAACGGGAAACAGUGGAGAAGGCUGUGCUCCAAGGACGGUUGUACCAAGGAGAGCCAACGCAGGGGGUACUGCUCGAGGCAUCUCAGUUUGAAAGGUAACAGUCUUCGUAGCGGACAUUUCCCUAGGUCCAAUAGCAAGGGGGAUGGUGAGGAUACUUCGAGGGAUUCGGAAACUUCGCCGAAUUGCGGGGACCGUAGAGUGGCCGGCCGGUUCGAUCAAGAAGAAACUGAUGCUGCAAACAUGUUGGUGUCAUUAGGCAGUUCAAGGUCAGCCACGCCAGCUUUCUCGCCAAACGGACAUGGAUCUUCCCCUCAUACAAUGCAAUCUCCCUUAACAGUAGGUUCCAGACAGAACGUCUUCAUGCCAAUUCCCAGCAACCAUUCCCAUGGGAUGCAGAAGAGGAGUUCCCCAGACCCACCUGGGUAUAACCCAACUUAUCACCAACAAGUCAUCAGGCCGGAGGCUAGACCUGUUCAAGGAGUAACUGGUGUUAUAAGGGUGUCUCCCAACCCUAGGCAGUGGCUAGACAACAUGCCAGAGCAACGGACAGUGAUUCUGCAAAAUGCCCUAGCUAGUCCACCAAGUCAACCUGUAGAAUCAGAAAACAACUCUAUGCCUACAAGAACUGUUUAUUGUGUAGUACCACCGACUCAUGAGAAGAGUAUAGUGAUAGUGAAAUCGGAGAUUGAAAAUGAUCUGAAAGAACCAAAAUCUUACCAAAGACAGGUUAUUCAGAGUGAUCAUCUGCAUCCGGCCCAGUUAAUAAGAGUUACACCAAAUAAUAACAUGAAUAAUAUAAACAGUAUAAGUAACAUAAGUAAUAUACAUUCACAUUCCACUGGCCAGGGAUUGAUAACACCAAACUCCAUAGGUAGUGGCUUACCAGUUAUUGUUAAUCCAACACAAUUGGUACCAGUGCUGCCGGCUGCUUCCCAGUCUGUUGUGAAGCGAGUCAUUCCGACUUCAACUGUUCAACAGACCAUUCCACCACCUGUUAUUGUUAAAACAGAACAAGCUGCGCCGCACUCUACCCCCAAGGACCCUGUCAUUCAGCCCAGCCCCGCCCAGCCUGCCGUUCCUCCGCCCCCAGUCCCCGCCUCCUGCGCCCCGAGACCCGCCCCCUGCCGGCCGGCCUUCGUCGUGCCGUGGCAUGCGAUCGUGCCGCUGCUGGCGUCGGGCCCCGCCUCCCCUCCUCUUGUGGGCGGAGCGGCGGGGUCGGAGGAGGAGGAGGUGGAGGCGGAGGCCGUGGCGGGGCCCGCCGAAGAGGACGACGACGUGUUCGAGGCGGAGGCCGAAGCGGGCGUUGAGAGCGCCGGCGCGGGCAAGCGCCGGAGCCAGUCGCUGAGCGCGUUGCCGAGCGGCAGCAAGGAGGGUGGCAAGAACAAAGAACGUAUACGAAGACCAAUGAAUGCCUUCAUGAUAUUUUCUAAAAGGCACAGAGGUCUAGUCCAUCAGAGACACCCGAACCAGGACAAUAGGACGGUGUCUAAGAUUUUGGGUGAAUGGUGGUACGCUUUGGGCGCGACCGAGAAGCAGAAGUACCAUGAGUUAGCUUCUGAAGUGAAAGAAGCGCAUUUUAAAGCUCACCCCGAAUGGAAAUGGUGCAACAAGGAUAGAAGAAAAUCGUCUACCGGUUCGGGACGCAGUAAGCUGAGUUCGACUGGUGACAGCGGGGACCCAGGAGACAUGCCGAUGAGUCCUCGCAUCCAUUCUCCGCCCCACACGAUACAGCAAGCGAGACUGCUGCAGGAACCCGUCGAUAACGCAGGGGAUGUCUCUGACGACGACCAGAUGGUGAUAUGCGAAGACCCGGUGACCGAAAUAGAUCUUAAAUGCAAGGAAAAAGUGACCGACUCGGACUCAGAAUCUCAGAGCGAUUUGGAUUCGUCUUUGGAAAAUCGGGUCUAUCAGCGAUUCAGUCCAGUUACGAGCAAUAACUGCGGAGAUGUGACUUGUAGACCUAAACCUAUAAAAGCGAGAAUGCCAUCGACGGAAACUCCUAAGUAUAGUCCGGCGGCUACUUCUACUGCUCUGAGUUUCCAUUACUCGCCUGUCAAUCCGUCUGGCAUAACGGGUUUCCAGCCGACAGGGGGCGCUUUCAAAACGAUGCCGGCUUCGCCGAAAGUUAAGAAUGAACAUAAGAACGAGGCGCACGAUAAUCACGAAAACUGGUCAGGUACAUCAAACAUGAAUAAAUCGAACGAUGUAUCACAAUGGGUCAAUUCAUCCGCCAUCCAAACAAGCACAGUUUCAAGCAAAACUAACCCCACAUUAGCCAUACUAAAGCCGCAUAUUAAACAAAAUGUAUUUCAAUUGAGCGAGGGCAUUAACCAGAAUUACCAAUCACAACCUCUGACGGUUGUAAUCGGUAGUCAGUCGGCCAUUUGCCUGUCGAACGAGUCCGAACGUUCGCAACCUUUUGUUGUUGUAGCUUCGACAGCAUCGGACAUUCCGGUCCAGCUUUACAUGCAACCAUCCUUCGUAUCUGAUCCCAAUGGCCGGAGUUUGUCUUUGCAAGGUCUUCAGCUGUUGUCGAAACCGAACCAUACACAGUCUGUCAUCGUCACGCAAGCUCAGAACAAGAUGGGCGUUUCUCAGCAAGAGUAUAUGGAUAAUAGCGUCGUUACAAAAACCUAUUCUAACGUGUCUGGAAUGCUGCAUACUCCUGAAAAUAAAGAAAUAAAAACUGACAAGGAAGUUAAAUCUCCAGCGCUGUCAGAUAUGUUGCCACCAAGCUCAUCUGACCCUUUGCAAUUGCCUGAACAACCAAAUCAGGAGUUCAAAUUGGCUCCUACUCCUGCCCAAUUGGGCAAAGCACCUUUACAAAGAAGACAAUCUAUGGCUGCAUUCGCUAACACAUCACCACAUUCAUCUCAAGAAAAUUCGCCCUUGUUAGUACCUAUGACAUUGCCAGACGACAUUAACUUAGUGUCACCUUCGACAAAGAGAAGUUUCUUUAAAAGAAAUAUCGAAGAUGGAAUGGAUAGGUAUAGAAGACUUACAGGGGUACUGGAGCAAGUCAACUUCGAAAGAAAGUUCACAGCUCUGCCACAAUUCCGGCCGGAGGACGGCCAAUCGCCUAGCGCCAUUUCCGUGCCGAGUCCGGGCAUGUUCAAUUACAGCAAGAAGCGACCCCCUCUCACUGCCACUCACAGAUCUUCAGUCGAUGAAGAUUCCGAAGCUGAGACCCCACAGAGUGUUCCCAAAUCGGCGACCUCGGCGAAACCGAUCGUUAUCGGAAAUCAGUUUUUCGGACCCGAUUUCGAUAAUGUUAGAGCCGAACUCAAUGAAAUGGAAGAAGGCACUUCUCCGCGUACCCCUCGCACGCCGGGCACAUCCAGAGACUCUGAAAAGGGCCAUCGCAAAACAUUGGAGCAACGCCGUCAAUUAGUCAUGCAACUGUUCCAAGAGCAGUCCCUCUUCCCGUCUUCUCAAGCGACCUCGACCUUCCAAGCGCAACACGCAGAUGUGUUCCCCAAUAAGGCGAGCUUGCAAUUGAAGAUCCGCGAGGUGAGACAGAAAAUGAUGGCGCAGAGCACCCUUACGCCAUCUAGCGCCAGCAGCCCGGUCACUCCGGCUGAGCCAGUUAAAGUCUCGUCAAAUAGUUAGCUAGUAUUGUGCAAUAGCGUGUCUUCCUUCUCAUAUGUUAUUGUCAGAUUGACUGAAAACAGGAGUUAGUUUAGGAUUUAAGAAGAUGAAGUUAUUUAUGAUUUGACACAAAGUGUGGUGUAGAUAUCCCGAGGCACCAAAAUGGUUUUAGACAUGGCGGAAAUAUAAUAUAAUGUGCUAUGACCUAUAACUCUUUUUUUCCUGACAAUAG